AAUUUAACACUCCACCGAAGUCCCGUCUGUCACAUCUCCUCUGGACUUUACUCUGAGCGGGAUCAAACCUCUACGAUAUUACGCACAAUGGAUGUCAAGUUUCUGGCGGUCGUGGCUGCACUCAUCGUGGUGAUGUAUGCGCCUCCAUCACAAGCAAAACCCUUCAGUCUGGUGGAGAGGUGCUACUGCCGUUCAACCGUCAACACCCUCCCACGGGGAUUCAUCCGAGAGCUCAAGUUCAUCCACACACCUAACUGCCCCUUCCAAGUGAUUGCCAAGCUGAAGAGCAAUAAAGAGGUGUGUGUGAACCCUGAGCUCAAGUGGCUGCAGCAGUACAUGAAGAAUGCCAUCAACAAGAUGAAGAAAUCCAAACAGGCCAACUAAAAAAAAGACAGUAGGCGCCCUCCUGAAGCCGCCACUGAGCGUUCGGACCAUCGUCACAGAUAUGUUACGUCACAGAUCUUCUGGUGUGUUGAACAGCACUUAUCCCCGCUGCCAUGUGGCGGCCUUUUGCAUGGAACGACCCAACGACUCUUCACCACGAACACCGACCCACCUGUCCUGCCGCCCGCCUUCACCGCCACCACUCUCACCACUUAUAGCAAACAUUGUUAGUGCAAAGUGCAAUUAUAUCAGCGAGGGUAUGUUUUUCUAACCACAAUGUAUAUACUUUUUUGUUAAUGGACUUUAAAAGGAAAGAGCUAUUUUUGGAGGUUUCGUCGUCCCUCUGGCCUCUAUGUAAUUUAGGAAAAAGACGUAAACCCCGGGGUCAAAGUGUUUAAAGGGGAAAGGUGUAGUUCACGACAAAGAUAAGUCAAUGUCCCACUUGUAAGUGCAGGGUUCUUGCUCUUCUGAGCCAAUAUCGUAUCCUAAACACGGGAUCUUCUUAUCUUGAUCCUCACUGAUUGGACAAAAUAAGGAACAAUGUGUAGUCUCUCUUCUAAAAAGUCAGGUUAAUUAACACCAAGGAAUUUCAGAGUGUGCUAGCUACCCACAAGACUCAAUACAAGAUGUUCUUGAUCCUAAUAAAAAUACCAAUUACAAUGUUUUUGUGAUGGAAAUUAGGAUUCCAAAAGAGCUUGGGCAUUUCCUGAGUCGUUCUGCGGCUGUGAUUGUGCGACCAUGUGCUGCUUGUGUCUGCUUGUUCAUUCUCUUGGGAAAAGCUGAACAUCUGGUUCACAAACUGUUUUAAUUGAGCAACCAAUAAGCAGCUGAAAUUUACUGGAAUCACAAGAGUUAUGUCAGUUAACGAGAUAUGGGAAGAGCAAAUCAGGACGCUCAGCAAUCACAGUCAGCUGCCUAACUAUAACAAUGUGAACCUUUUUUAUUGGGAUUCUGCUUGAGAUACUUUCUCAAUACAAAAUUAAAAGAAGGGCGCACAACAAUCUGAAACCGCAUCAGUAGAAACAAUGCAAUACUGUUGCAUCACAGAAUGUAUCACCAUUACUCGCAAUUAAAAGCUGUACAUAGCUGCGACUACCUACAACUGUCAAGCAGAUAGCACUUUAUAUCUGACGUAUUCAUGUUUUAACAACCAAAUUUAAUAUUACUCACUAACUCUGAUCAUUAAAGUCAUUAUUUUUCUGUCUUAAUUUUUUUAUUUUUUUUUAUGUUUCCUUUCCUUUUGAUCACUGAAUGUGUAAUUGCAUUUAACUGUUAACGUUUGGGAGAUCUUUUCAUCUAUUCAUUUGGAUCUCUCCUGUCAUACAUGUUAUGUAAAAUUAAUACUAUACAAAUGUUUUAUUUUUGUACUCUUCAACACAUUUAUGUAUCGAAUCCAAACAUUUAAAUGAAGGAACUGUACUCUCACAACUGAGCCAUCCAGUGUUUCAUUGUAAAACUUGUAUAAAGCUGGUCUACUAAAAAAAAAAAACUUUUAAA